AUGAGCGGUCGCUUUCAGCGACUCUCUGCACCUGUGCCCAGUGCUCUGCGCUCCUCGGCCGUCCCGCCCUCGCUGGCCAGCCCAGCGCCCAGAUUCGUGCGUGCCGCGCUUGGCGCCCGCCCGACGCCGCCCCUGGGCGCCAGCCGACCGCCGCGCAAAGCGCUCACGCCUGCCUCCGCGCCGACCGCGGCGCCGCCUGCCAAGACAGCGGAUGCGCCCGCCGCGGCGCCCGCGGCCGAGCCCGCGUCCCAGGCCCCAUUUUCUUGGGAGGCCCAAUGGUGGCCUGUUCUGCCCGUCGCCUACCUUGACCCCCGCAAGCCCCACCCCGUGCGCAUGCUGGGCCGCCGCUACGUCGCCUGGUUCGACCGCGCCGGGGAGGGCGGCGGCGCGUGGCGGCUGUUUGAUGACGCGUGCCCCCACCGGCUGUCGCCGCUGUCUGAGUCGAGGAUCCGGGCAGACGGCCACCUCACAUGCGCCUACCACGGGUGGUCAUUUGGCGGCGACGGCAAGUGCGCGUCCAUCCCGCAGCUCGGCGACCCCAAGGCGCGAGACACUGCGUGCCGCAACUCGCGCACGAGCGUCCCCUCUUACCCUACCGCCGUCGAGGAUGGGCUGCUAUUCGCCUGGCUUGAGGCCGGUCCCGGCGGGGCGGCGGCGGCGGCGGCGGACUUGGAUGCCAAGGGGGGCCGGCUGGUGGUGGAUGAGGUCGCGGGGGGCGCGGCGAAGACGGUGUGGGCGAGUCAUGAGGUGCCGAACGACUACUUGUACUGGGCGGAGCAAGGCCUGGACCCCUCCCACGCCAACUGGCUGCACCACAAUGAGAUCGGCUUUGUCAUGGACGAUGCAGUACCCAUGCAGGCGGACCCUAUGCCGGCCUCCGCCAUCGACCCAGCCAAGGGCUUUGUGUGGCACCAUGGGGAGUACCGGCGCCAGGGGCGCGGCGUCGACGCGACGCGCGCGUUCAGGGCGCCCAACUGCCUAAUGUGA